CAGUCGAAAAGUGCUGCCGGAUUGGUGUGGUCGCGUUUGCUUAUUACCGUUGUCGCGUACCGCGUUUUCUAAAGUUCGAGCGUUGGGUUUCAUGAGGAACGACCGUAAACAACGACGACGACAACCGCAACAAUGGAAAUGGAUAAGACAGUGGACUUGAUCCAGUCGGAGGAUCGCUUGAGACUUUCCAGGAUACCAAGCUCCUCGUUUUCGAUUGAAAAUCUCAUUGCGAAUACGGCGGAAAGCAAGCAAAGAACAGAUUCUCCGUCGGCAUUGGACCGGUCUCGACUAUCCGCAAGUGAGGUUGGACCGUAUCUCGUUGGUGGUUAUAAUGCGGCCAUGCUAUCAUUCACUAAUUUUCCUUUGUACAAUCCUUGGGUAGGAUAUCUGUCACAAACGGCCAACGAGAAACUAUCGCAAUUAUUUGUCAGUGCCGCAAGUGGUGAUAAACGUGUUCAUAAAUCAUCAACACCAAGUGAGUCUGGUGAACUGGGUCGUGAGGGACCUGCCAAUAGUAACGAAAGCUUUACUGUACAGAGUGGUGAUAAAUCGUCAAUAAAUGUGAACCUCUCGAAGUCGUACUCCGGCCUACAACAGUAUGGAUCUCCGAGUCUCGAAGCAGCGGCACAGUAUUUUGCCAACACUCGAAGAUCCUUCUAUCCGGCGGCAGAAUUUGGUGAAAGUGGUAUUACGGGCGAUGCGAAAACUAAUGCUGACCCUGCCGCCUGUCCGAGUGUUGUGGAUGGUGGUGAAAGUGUGGGAAGAAGAAUUUAUCUGCGGAAUUUCAACAACAGUGACCUGGUAGUGACCAAUCGGAACAGUUUGGAUGCGCACGAUUCGGAUUCGCGGCAGUCCUACUUGAACAUCGAUCGCGACGACGAUGAGCAGCAGCUGCGAGAUGGCGGAGCGGAAAGCAACGACGAUGGGUCCUACAGUGACGAUAUCAGUCUGUCACUGUCGCCGACCGGUUGUGGGAAAAAUCCAGAUCUGGAUGAAUCGGACUCAGAACCCUGUUCGGACGACGAACGAGACCCAGGUCAUUCAAAAACCGGCACCGACGGUGCACUGGGUGGCAAUGGAAGUACCGACAAUUGCUCGAAAUCUCGCCGGAGACGAACCGCCUUCACCUCGGAGCAGCUACUGGAGCUGGAACGGGAAUUUCAUGCGAAAAAAUACCUUAGCCUUACGGAGCGAAGUCAGAUCGCCACCAGUUUGAAGUUGAGUGAAGUUCAAGUUAAAAUCUGGUUCCAGAACCGACGGGCAAAGUGGAAGCGAGUGAAGGCUGGACUCAACUCGCACGGACUAGCCAGUAGGGGGACCAGUGGCAAUGCGGCCAGCACGAAGAUUGUGGUUCCUAUACCGGUGCACGUCAACCGUUUUGCGAUUCGAUCUCAGCACCAGCAAAUGGAGAAGAUGAACCUGGUCGGGCCGAAAGCGGAACUAAGGAAGGACCUGGGCAUGGAGGCAAGCAGUUUCGAGCGAUUCGGUCUAAACAAGCUGGGACCGAAGCCGGCGGGUGGAUUUUGAGAUUAGAGUGACUGUUCGGGGUGGGUGGGUACUACGCGUAAAAGGGUGAGAGGACGAUCCUGUUGUGUGAUUAUGAUUGUGAUUGCGGCGUUUAGCGUACAUUAAUUUUUAGUACUUCAACAACAACGUGAGCAAUUUGCCCAUUAGUCAGUAAUCAAGUGGGGGAUAAAUUAAGGCCAAUUAGUAUUAGCAGAUGGGGAAACUGUUGCGAAUUCAUCGAACAGACCAAUAGUCAGGGCAUCCGGGGAGCACACAAUGUAUCAAGCUAGUAAUGCAAGAGACGUAGCAGAUAAUUACGCAUUUUCAUGCACUUGUACAAUUACCAAUUGACUGUAAUCUAAUGCGUACAGUUUGUUUCAGUGACCUUUUUAGAGGAUAGCAGAGAAAGAAUUAAGAACUACAGUGUAGUUAAUAAAGAGUA